CGUGUUACCGUUAAUGGCUCUCGCGUUACCGCAUUACCGCCUUGUUGUCCUCGUUACCGCGACUCACAAUCUGCGAUGGCUCGUCCCUCGUUACUCGGAAACGAUCGGCCGAAACUCGAUGCCGUCGCGUUAACGCCGCCAUGCAAAGAGGUCCGCAACAAUUACCCCCCUUUUCGGCGGUUCGGCUUCUCUGCAAACAUCGCGAUCGCGUAGUUUGCGUAAAAAUGGACGCGAAAAAAAGAGACUUCUAUUUCUGGUCGAAAACUACGUUCUCUUUCUACAUUUUUGAAAUAUACUUCGAAAGUGCUCAUCUCGAGUGCUACUUCAAGAGCAAGAGAGGGCUCUCGCUGAAUUUGGAGUUCUUGAUAAAAACAUUGAGACAUUGCCGACGAGCGGAAAAUUUACGAGAAAUGACCCGUGAAGAAAAUUUCGAUUUGAACUUUGCUGUUGAAAACGUCGAAAAUUGUGAAACCGUAAUCGCGACAGGUAACAACAAUCCUCCAGUCGAUGUUUUCCCGGCGGAAUGAAGGGGAAUUAAAGGACGGGGAAUUAAAGGAAGAAACUUUUUGUUCUCCAAAUAUUUUCCGCGUAUUUUGUAUAUUUCACAUUUGAGAUUAUGAUAUUUUGUAUUGCAAAUUUUUCCAGCGUUGGUUACGCGGAUACUUUUCAGGAACGAGCGGGGCUUUCCCUCCCCCCCGCCCCUCCCCGCGGUAGUAGUUCGCCAGGGCUAUAUAGUAAAAAACAAACCAAGAAAAAAAAAAGAAAAAAAAAACACGCGAGUAGAGAAACGUCCGUUCUGAAGAA